AUGCCUUCGACGACAGACGGCCUUGUGGGUCACUGGCCUGGAGUCAUCACAACCAUUACCGACUUCCAACCUAUUCCCCACAUGAAGGAAGACGUGGGAAAUGGCUGGUAUGUUGUGCGUAUGAGCGGCCAGCGGGCUUCAGCUACCAUCUCGGUGAAGGACAUGCUCAUUCGAGAUCUACUGCGGGCGGCGAGGUUCUGGCAUGAACGCGGCAAUGCCGACCCGCACCCUGCCUUUUUCCGCCAUCAUCCCCAUGUCCACGCACUAUGGAAAGAGGCCAUGGGCAGUAUCGCGCCUGCACACCCAUCUCUCGCGCCAUCAUCCCUCGGGGCCAGUGCCGCUACGCCCACGCCGUCCCGCACUUGCGACGGGCUCGUUGGGACUCCUGUGACCUGUGCUCUACUGAUGGGGCAGGACCCCCAUAACCCGCCGGGUACGUUCGGGAAUACGCUCCCCGGUGGUACACGAAUGCUACCAUGGUUCACGUUCACGUAUCAUACCUUCUCUGGUGCCAUUGGCGGUGUCCCGUCCACUCCCUCUGCUGAUCUGGGGCAGGCAGGCGACCUCUUUUUUUCCAUUGGAAAGCCAUCGCGUUGCUUUGUCAAACACUUGAAGGGCUGGCGCGCUGAACCUGACAUAUCUAUAGCCGGCCAUCCUUUGUACAAGAAUGUGACACUGCAUGGGACUGGUUUGAAGCGCGGGUGGCUCUCGAUCGGUGUUGUGGCUGUCAAACCUGAGGCACGCUCGUAUGUUACUGGCCCUGCCAAUCCCCAGUCUACCUCUUUCCCUAUGGGAUCUACUGGAUCAAACGCUGCAAGACAACAAAUCGAAGACUUGAUAGCCCCAACAUCGGCACCUACGCCUGCUUCCAUUGCUCGCACCGAAAAGCGCAAGCGGGACACGCCUACUCCGGAUGUUGAGAUGAGCACUUGGCAAAAGCGUUCAGCCGGCCCUCUCACAACGACCACUCCGGUCCAGAUGGCUACAGUCAAGCCAAAGCCAAGACCAAAGCCACGCCCAGUAUCCAGAUCAACACGUCCCUUGCCUGCUUCGCGCUCUCUACCUUCGCAUACGAUGUCACCGGAUCCGCCUACAACCGAAACUGCGACUUCUGGGUACGAGUCUGGUGAUAGCGACAUUGUAAUCAUCUCGGCACCACCUAUUCCUUCUAAGGCCAAACAGAAUGGGACGCCGUCUGAAUCUACACUGCCAGAAGUCAAUGCAUCCACUCCUUCUGUAAUUGUGCACACACCGACACCCGCUCCACGAUACUUGACCAAUGCCUCGCCCUUUUCGGACACGCCCACACCGCCGUGGGCGCUAUCGCGAUCUUCGACACCCGCCCCUGAUGGUGUUACAGAACCUCCCUCUCGACAAUCCUCGCCAGGGUACCUUCCGUCUUCUUCGCCACCAGUAUCCCUUUCGAAGUCUAGUUCCCCUCAACGUGCUUUCCAAUCAGCUUCCUCUUCUUCGCCCGCAACAACUGUCGUUACCCGGGCUCGUGCAGACCCGACAUCGCCUGCUUUGACGUCAUCGCGACCACGGCCCUCUCCUGUUAUACAAAGCAAUAACACUCUAUCGCCGGCCUUCUCGUCCCUUCCCGCAAACUUGCAGUCCUAUGAGCUUACCAUUCGCCGGCUGACUGAGGAGAAUGAGCGGCUCGCGCGCCGGCUCCGGGAUUUGCCUGCCACUAGAGAUCUCGAGUCUUCGAGCACACCCAUCUUGGCACCGACUACGGGCCUUCCACGCGUAGACUUUGAUGGUGUCAAGCAACGCCUACGUCAGAGUACUCUGCUUGCUAUUGCUGCGGCCACUCAAGCGAUCAAGGCUGAGGAGGAUGACAUGGCCUUCGUUCGGUCCUACAGGGAGAAGCUUGAAACUAGAAUUCAAGCUAUGUACGCCGAAGACGUUAUCGCCAACGACAUUGCCAGGGAAUUAUGGAAAGUUGCAGAAAAAGUCACGCUCAUCCAAAAGGUCUUAACCAACGGCGGGGAUAUCAAGCAGCCGCCAACCGCAAUUGAGCAACUCUAG